AUGGAUAGGACACAAGGCAGCACAAGGCAGCACAAGGCAGCACAAGGUAGCACAAGGCAGCACAAGGCAGCACAAGGGAGCAAGGAAGCACAAGGAAGCAAGGCAACAAGGCAACAAGGAAGCAAGGCAGCAAGGCAGCAGCAGCAAGACAGCAAGGCAGCACAAGGCAGCAAGGCAGCACAAGGCAGCAGCAAGGCAGCAUUAGGCAGCAAGGCAGCAAGGCAGCAAGACAGCAAGACAGCAAGACAGCACAAGGUAGCGAGGCAGCACAAGAAAGCACAAGGAAGAACAAACAAGACAGCAAGACAGCACAAGGAAGCACUAGGUAGCAAGGCAGCACAAGGAAGCAAAAGGCAGCAAGGCAGCAAGACAGCACAAGCAAGACAGCAAGACAGCACAAGGAAGCACAAGGUAGCAAGGCAGCACAAGGAAGCAAAAGGCAGCACGGCAGCAAGACAGCACAAGGAAGCACAAGGUAGCAAGACAGCAAGACAGCACAAGGACGCACAAGGUAGCAAGGAAGCACAAGGAAGCAAAAGGCAGCAAGGCAGCAAGGAAGCACAAGCAAGACAGCAAGACAGCACAAGGAAGCACAAGGCAGCAAGGCAGCAAGGCAGCAAAAGGCAGCAAGGAAGCACAAGCAAGACAGCAAGACAGCACAAGGAAGCACAAGGCAGCAAGGCAGCAAGACAGCAAGGCAGCACAAGGAAGCACAAGGAAGCACAAACAAGACAGCAAGACAGCAAGGCAGCACAUAAAAAGUCAGAAGAAGAAGGAAAAAGAGAGGGAGGAGAUGGGAAGGAAAGCAGAAAAGAAAGAAAUGAGAUAAGGGAAAAAGGAGCUAGCAAGGAAGCAAGCAAGCAACAAGCAAGGAAGGAAGCAAAGUGCUAA